UGUUUCAGCAACGGCUUUCUUUCCCAUCGGUUCAGUCUGCCCCAAGCCUGCUGGCUGCAACUUAGGACCAGUGGGUCAGGCCAGGGCUGUAUGAGCCAUGAACAGCUUCAGGGGUGCCUUUCUAAUCUGGGCAGUGGCAGCAUGGGCUAAAAUGGACACAUCUCGGGGACCGACCGAUGAGGCUGGGUUUCAAAAUUGCAAGAAUGCCUUAAAAUUGCCCGUUCUGUCCGUCUUACCUGGAGGCGGCUGGGAUAACCUGCGGAAUGUGGACAUGGGACGGGUGAUGGAGUUGACUUACACCCACUGCAGGACCACGGAAGAUGGGCAGUACAUCAUCCCAGAUGAGAUCUUCACCAUUCCCCAGAAGCAGAGCAACCUGGAGAUGAACUCCAAAAUCCUGGAGUCCUGGGUGAACUACCAGAGCACCACCUCCAACUCCAUCAACAUGGAGCUAUCUCUUUUUUCCAAAGUCAAUGGCAAGUUCUCCCCUGAGUUCCAGAGGAUAAAGACCCUUCAGGUGAAGGACCAAGCUGUAACUACCCAGGUUCAGGUAAGAAACCUGGUCUACACGGUCAAAAUCAACCCAGAUGCAGAGCUAAGCUGGGUGUUUAAGAAGGAGCUCAUGGACAUCUCGGAGCGUCUGGAGAACAACCAGACCCGGAUGGCCACCUACUUGGCAGAACUCCUGGUCCUCAACUACGGUACCCAUGUCAUCACCAGUGUGGAUGCAGGGGCCGCGCUCAUCCAGGAGGAUCACAUCAGGUCGUCCUUCCUGCAGGACAGCCAGAGCAGCCGCAGCGCCUUGACCACGUCCGCUGGAAUCACCUUCCUGAACAUUGUCAACUUCAAAUUCGAGGAGAACUACACCUCACAGAACGCCUUCACCAAGAGCUACCUCUCCAACCGAACCAACUCCAGAGUUCAGAGCAUCGGAGGACUUCCGUUUUACCCAGGCAUCACCCUCCAGGCCUGGCAACAGGGCAUCACCAACCACCUGGUGGCCAUGGACCGAGCUGGCCUGCCUCUGUAUUUCUUCAUCAACCCCGAACAACUGCCUGACCUGCCGGGGCCCUUGGUGAGAAAGCUGUCGAAGACGGUGGAAGCGGCUGUGCGCAGGUAUUAUGCGGUCAACACCUACCCCGGCUGCACAGAUCUCAACUCGCCCAACUUCAACUUCCAAGCCAACACCGACGAUGGCUCUUGUGAGGGGAAGAUGACCAAUUUCUCCUUUGGGGGAGUUUACCAGGAAUGCACCCAGUUCUCAGGGAAUGAGGUUGUCCAGCUCUGCCAGAACCUGGAGCAGAAGAAUCCGCUGACCGGCAGAGUGUCCUGCCCCUCUGGUUACUCCCCAGUCCAGCUGCUCACCCAGACCCACGAGGAGGGGUACAACCACCUGGAGUGUUCGCGCAAGUGUACCCUCUACAUCUUCUGCAAGACGGUGUGUGAAGACGUGUUCCGAGUAGCCAGGGCUGAAUUCAGGGUGUUUUGGUGUGCAGCCAGUGGGCAAGUACCCGAAAACUCGGGGCUCCUUUUUGGCGGGCUCUUCAGCAGUAAGAGCAUAAACCCUCUGACCAAUGCCCAGUCAUGCCCAGCCGGCUAUUUUCAACUGAGACUUUUUGAAAACCUCAAGGUAUGUGCCUCUCAGGACUAUGAGUUGGGAUACAGAUUUUCCGUCCCCUUUGGUGGGUUCUUUAGCUGUGCAGUGGGGAACCCCUUGGUGGAUUCUGCCACAUCCAAAGAUCUGGGGGCGCCUUCUCUAAGAAAGUGUCCGGGGGGCUUCAGCCAACACCUAGCCCUCAUCAGUGAUGGGUGCCAAGUGUCUUACUGUGUCAAAGCUGGGCUUUUUACAGGAGGGUCCCUGCCCCCUGUCAGGCUUCCUCCUUACACCCGACCACCGCUCAUGAGUCAGGUGGCCACCAACACUGUCCUGGUGACUAACCCCGAGACGGCCAGCUCCUGGAUUAAAGAUCCCCAGUCCCACCAGUGGCGGCUGGGGGAGCCCCUGGAGCUUCGCAGGGCCAUGAGAGUCAUCCACGGAGACGGUGGGGGUCUGUCUGGAGGAGCAGCCGCGGGGCUCACCCUGGGGGUGACCGUCGCCCUGGCAGGGGUCGUUGCCCUGGCCAUCUAUGGUGCCCGGAAGUCCAGGAAAAAGGGAUACCAGGUGCUCCAGGAUGAGAAGCAGAGUUUGGCUGCAGGCACUGCUGUGAAUGGAGAUGCCCUUGACCAAGAGCAGGCACAGAGUCCUGCUUAGACUCUCCCAGGACACCGUUUCUCUCCUCCCUGGUCAGGCCUUCAACUUGUUUUUCAUUUCUUUUUCUCUCCACUUCUGCCCUCCUAAAUAAUGCUGUGUCAAGUGCAACAGCAGUCCUUGUGGAACUGACUUUCUAGGUCUCUGGGCCAGGAAAUAGACAGAGCUACAUGGACAGAGUUGGGAGAGGGAUUGGAGGGCAGUUGUGGCUUUUUAAGCAAAAGUCAUCCUAAAACUUGAGGGGGUCAUCUCUUCUUGAUGUGUGUCAUUAUCUUCACCUAAAAGCUAAUGUGUAAUAAGGACAAGGGAGAAGGUUCAUAUUCAGAUUUGAAGAUGCAUUUAAUCUGAGGUCAGUCAUGGUUUCCAAUUCAUGAGCUCUAAGGAUGUCUUUAAAUGUUACCCUCCUGCUAUUUUGUGUUUUUUUAAAGCAGUCUGGAUUUCACGCUCCCAGAAGAGCCCCCAGAAGAUGCAGGAGGUCCUGCUUGGCUCUCGCAUUUCAUUUUUGAGGUACUGAUGACUGUGUCAUCUCCUCUGGACCAUCUCAGUGUCCUCUGAGCCAGGAGAGGGUGCCUAGACCAAACCCACUCUUUUCAAGCUCCCCACAAUUAAGACAGUGAGGCCAGGCCACUCUUGGACUUCAGACUAGUGUCAUAAAGCCCUCAGAGAAUACUUUAACAUUUAAACCUCUCUUAGGAAGGUCAAGGGAGAAGAGGCGGUUUGGAGACCAGCAGUGAGUGAAGAAAGGGUGAAAGCUAGAAAAGAUUCUGGUGCUCUUGGGGAACUGGAAUUCUUACCCACAACCAGCUGCCUGGUUUCACCUUCUCAGCUUAUCAUAAGUGAGGCAAAGAGAAGAGCUGCAGGUUUGGCUAGAUCAAGCAUGAUGCUCUCAUGUUCUGUUACUCAGGUACCAUCCCUCCCUCUUCCAUAGAUGACCACCUCCCCUUUCUAAUCUCGCAUCAUGUGGGGGAAUCACACCCCCCUCAAUGCACACGUACACACACCUCACAUUCCAAAAAUUUUUCUGGGGGUGGAAGACAAGAAAGAUGCAAGAAGUCAAAGUAAACCCACAUCAAAUUAUCACUUCAUCCCCAAAAUCUGAAUAAGAUAGAAAAACUCCUAUUAUGUAUCCUGUCCUUUUCUUUUCUCCAGCAGAAAGGAGGUUGACAUGAUCAAAUCAAUGUUAAAUGAAAUGAAAUGAAAUGAAAAAAGACACCCAACAUCAUUUGUGGCACAUUUAUUCCAGCCCCACACUGACUCCCCUGGGACACCUCCCAGGAUGCGUGAUUGUCACCUGGCAUUUGACGCUUUGCCUAAUUUUAAUAAUGGUCUCACCUAACUGUAAUUAUUAGGUUGACUCUGUUAAUAUUCAGCACCAUUUUUUUAAAGCUAUGUAUUUCUUCACCAAAUCGAAUGUCAUGGAUGAGUUAACUUCUAUGAAGGAUAAUUUGUCCCAGCCUCAUUUAACACCUGCAGUCAUGAGUUUGGCUUCUACCAGGUCCUUCUUCUGGGAGCUUGAACUGUCCCAGAUUGUGGGAAGACAAGAGGGAGGUCACACAAUCACUCCCACUGCAAUACAGAGGAGUGACUCAGAACUGGAGCUGUGCUCUCAGUCAGACGGAGAUUUCUACAACCUCUGUACUAAACCCCUGCUUCUUAAGCAUUAAAAUGCCUUCCCUCACCUCUGGGGAUUUGUGGGUAUGUUUCAGCCAAGCUAACCACUUUCCUGCUGAUACUGACUUCCCCGUAAGUUCUUUGAAGAUCAUUGAGUCAGAUAAAUAAAGUAUACCUUUAACCUCUGA